AUGGCAGCUACCGCCAUCACAGGCGCCAGCAUAGCUGCACUGUCCGGUUUCGACAUUUCCUUGAUGCGGAAUGCGUACUUUCUUCAAGAUGGGCCUGAGGUUGGAGCCGGCAACGUUCUGUACAGGCUUCUGGGGCCUGCAGUGCUCUCGUUUGCUGCGCCGCUGUUUAGGAUGCGUGGGUUCAUUUUGGGUAACGCGAGACCGGUGCUGGCGGGUUCCAUAUUCUGCGCUGCGACGUCGCUACUGGGUGUUCCCAAGGCUUUCCAGGUGGCAUUUCGGGCCGAGGCACCACCGUCGCGGGGCUCCAAGAUUCGGAAGACCCUGCGCGUUUUGUUCACAUGGCCCGACAGGGAAAAACGCCUUACCGUGGCGUCUGCGCUAGGCGUCUACAAGAUUCCGGCGAUCGCUGGCGUGCUGGUCUUGACAGGAGUACUUGGCACUUGCUUCGGCCCUUGGGUGCUUGAUGCGCUAGGGGCGAAGGACCCGGUGGUCAGAGCGAUAAUUCAGGGAGGUACCUCGAGCGUUUUUGGCAUCGAAGCGGUAUCAGAGCCACGAGACGUACACCGAAAGAGACCUGCCAAUUCCACCACCCGGGUAUCCCCGUCCGCUCGCGACGUCUCAACCGUCGCGAUGGUUCUCACCGGCGCUGCUGGCACGGUGUUGGUAAACAUCCCGUGGGUUCGGUCGGCCUUGCUGUCGAUAGCGUUGGGUUCGACGGUGGCGGGGGCGGAGAUGCCCCUAUUUCCAUGACUGGGCUACGGAAGGACCGAGAUAUACUUUCGUUCGUUUCAAGCGCGUUUUGGUUGUUGGAAUGUGGUGUACGUUCGAGAAUAUUACGUUGAAAGUCUCGGCUGAGAUCUACGGACGCUGACGUUGUUGACCAACCGUUGGCGUCCGUUCUAGGAAACCAUACUACAGGAGGCAGUCGAGGUUGACGGGUCGCUCCGGUUUCACGUUCAAAGAGAAUCGGAAUAGUGCACACGGCUUGUUUCACCGAUGUUUGUUUUUCAUAGGACUGUGUCGGGGAUAGGACAAAGUUGCACCUACGAAGCUCUCUUUGAGCCUUUUCCGGGGCAAGCGUGUAGGUUUAAAGAACUUGCAAUUUGUGGUGCUCCGUGAUGAACACGGGAUGAAUAACAUGCUUGCUGAACGUGCUGAAUGAACACCUAUCGACAAGAAAAUUCGUUUUUCACUUGAUCCGCGGGGAGUGUUUGGGGCUACUGCUGUCAAAGGCACGGAUGGAUCGAAGAGACGUCGGGCUAAUAGGAGUUAACAGGAUAUUGUGGGUGGUAAUCGUAUUUAUGUUCAUGUUAUCGCAUUCACGGG